AUGUCUUUCCACAAAAACUGUCAAAACAUCCGCCUGGAGGUCGUGGAAAACCAGCUCACUCGACUUCACUGCCUUGCCGAAACCCACAAUGGGGGAUGGUUGACCGCAUGGAUUCUCCUGGAUUCGAGAAUUGGAAACGAUAACGGCGUCUUUUCCACCAAACGAGGCUGCAAAGACUUCUCCAAGCGAUGCAUUUUCCCUCAGCUCCAGACGCACAAUGGCGCCCCCUGGCUGGUUGCCAUUUUGCCUCGCGACGACAAUAACAUGCUCAAUGCCACAGGCGAUGGGCCGAACUGGCAGGCAAUUGACCUGUCUCGGCUGAUCAAGAAUCACAAUGGUGAACUGGAAUGGUGGGAUGGAAGUCGCCUUCCGUUAUAA